AGUCGUUUGAAGAAACGCGUGCUGUCAGACCACGUGAGGCUCGUCACGAGUUCGGCAACAACAUUAUGCACUCCCGUUCUCCGGCAACAUCGACUUAGAACCUUGGACUAUAUGUCCAGCGACGGCGAGAUACAGCCGCUGUGGUAUUUCGAUGCGCCAAUGCAAUCGACACGAGGGGACAGUUCGACGCCCAUCGGUAACGCGCACGACCUGGCGUUUCUCUGCCUUGUCUUGUUCUUUGGUGCACUGGGUGACGUGGGACCGCCGUUCCCUACAGCCCACGAUCCGAACAUGGCGAAAACAGUCCCAUACGCGGGUGCCGUAGUAGAGGCUCGGAGUACUAUUAUGCGUCAGUGGAUUGCAUCCGUUUCCUUUCCCGACUUGCCUAAUCCGAUCUUCCUCUCCCAGACCAUGAAUGUGCUGGGUGGGGUGUAUCCGUCUGAGAUUGUUCGCUUCUGGGUGCUUUGGAUCCAUGCUUUCUCUACGUCGAUCAUGUUCUUUUCCGUUAUCACUCAUGCGCCGCAAUCCAAAGUGGCGCAGGCCAUUCUGAUUGAGCUGCAGAAGGCAUACGAGCAGCUCGAUCCAGGUGCCAAGAUUUACCCAAGCUCCAGAGCACGCAAGUGCUUGCCGGUCAUCCAGCGGCUGGUUGAACGGGCAUUGCAUCUGUUUGAAGAAUCGCGCAACGGCGUUGUAGCGAUGUUACAUCUGGAAACCUUCCCGGGCCGAGAAGGACAAGCUGUCAAUCCUUCAGCGGGAAUACGCAUGCUCUGA